AUGAAAGUAGCCCUGCAAUUCGUGAAAGCGAUGGAAGCAAACGGCAUCGAGGUCACCAUAGCUGGGUCGUUGGCACGUAACGUCGUGACAGAACCACGAUUCACAAAGGAUAUCGAUGUGAACUUGCGUCUCGAACCUGGCAGUGUCGACAAGUUUGUGGCAGCAGCGACAGCCGUCGGUGCUGAGAUCGGGAGGCCAAGACGUGGACGGGGCAUCCUUACGGAUGACGAAGUCUUCCUCGUUGGAAUCAGCUACAGCGGCAUUCCGACCGACGUUUUUUUCAACACUUGGUGGGGCAGUCAAGAUGCCGUUGAUGAUGCGUUUCUCGUAGAGGUUGAUGGACAGGGUUGGCGCUUCAUUUCCCCCACCAGUCUUUGUCUUUUCAAGAUUUUGUUUCUGUCAGAGUCCUCUCCUGAGCGUGUUUUGCUAAAACACAUCGAGGACAUUUAUGCCUUGCUCGAAGUGUCAAAGAUUCCGGUUGACCGCAGAUAUGUUUCUGCGUCUGUGUCCAAACUACUACCCAGCACAGACUUUCGCUUUAAGCUUUGGCACGGCAUCGCCAGUGGCGAGAAGUUGUCCAGCAUACUCGCAGGGGCUUUGAACCUGUAG